AGAAAGGAAAGACAGUAGUAGGCUCGAGUCACAAUAAAAAGAGCGCAGACUAAGGAGAUCUUCCUUCUUUCUCUCUCUCUUUUUCUUCAUCUUCUUCCUUCUCUAGCACCCUUCCUCUAAUCUAUUCCCUCAUUUCGAAAUAAAUAAAAAAAUAUAAUGGAGGCUCCUCUUCCCCCUGGAUGGAUCGCACAGUAUGACGCAACCCAUCAACGAAACUUUUACGUUGACACUGCAACUGGCAAAUCGCAAUGGGAUCAUCCUGGUCCUGCUGGCGCCCACAAUCCGCCUGCAUACGCUCCUCCAGCUGCCGCUAAGGUAGACAUGCCUUCUCCAUCAACUAGCUCCGCGCAUGACAAAGGUCAUAAAGGCAAACAUUAUAAGCACUCGAAACAUCAAAAACAUUACAAACAUUCCAACUAUGGCCGCCACAAGCAUCACAAAUAAGGACCUUACUCGUUCGUCUAUCAUCAGAUGCCCUGCUUCUUUUGCCUUCCAUACCUACUUGAUUAUAAACACAAUAAAAUCUAUACUGUAUUUUUAUGA